GAUCAAUAUUCACAUGUAUUUGGAGAAAUCAAAACAGGUUUCAUUCGUGGAGUUUUCAUAGGACCGCUUCUAUGGGAUCUCGCGGUGCCUGGAUUGUUACGUGAGCUUGUGUGUGGAGAAGAUCGUUCCUGGACUAGGUUCCCCGCAAACAGGAUUUCGUAGGUAUUUGGAGAUGGGAAAAUCGACUCCACGGAGAAUUACAAAUGCAUUUAUAUGGUGACAUCGAGCCAUCGUCGGCUUCGAUCGACCGAGCAGAGCUUCCUUGGCAGCUACCACAACAUACCUAUUAAAGGCAUCAUGGCUCUCAAAAAGGAUCAUAGGUUGCCAAGAAGUUCGCACGCCAAGUCAUCACAGCGACUCAUCUCCAAAGCCGUCAAGGCUUAGUCGAGGAAGAAUAAAGGCACGAUGAAGACUGUAAUCGUAUCAGCGCUCCUCCUAAGGGCUUCGGUAGAGGCUGCCCUCUAUAAGUCGAAAACACCGCCGAUGGGAUGGAACAGUUAUAAUUAUUAUGGCUGUAACCCUACCGAGGACAUUAUGCAUACCAAUGCUCAAGGACUUGUGGACCUGGGUUUGGCCGACUUGGGGUACGAAUACGUGACGACAGAUUGUGGAUGGAUGGCAGAAGAGAGAGAUUCUGAAGACCGUCUGCAAUGGAAUACCGACCUAUUCCCAUCCGGAGGAGUGGCUUUAGGGGAUUUCAUUCAUGGCCUGGGCUUGAAGUUUGGUCUCUACUCGGGUGCGGGAUAUUACCAAUGCGGCUCGACGGAUCUGCCAGCUUCUCUCGGAUACGAAGAGAUAGACGCGCAGACAUUUGCCAACUGGAGUGGUGAUUCUUUGAAAUACGAUAACUGUUAUGCUUCGUCCCCAACUAUCGAAGCAGACUACACGUCAGCGGUGUCCACAUCGCCGGCGCGUCACGAGAAGAUGGCCGCUGUGUUGGAUGGGGUAGACCGAGACAUCGCCUAUUUCAUAUGCCAAUGGGGAGUCGGCGAAGAUAUAGGCGACUGGGCGCCGCCUAUUAGCAACGUCUACAGGAUCAGCAAUGAUAUCUAUAACGCAUGGAGGAGCAUAUGGCGAAUUACAAACCAAGUCGUUCCAUAUUACAGGUCGACUACGGUUGGUGCCUAUCCCGAUAUGGAUAUGUUGAUCGUUGGUCUUAACGCUCUAUCUCUCCAAGAGGAGAAAUUUCACUUCAGCAUGUGGGCACUUAACAAGUCGCCUCUCAACAUCGGAGCGCCGACAAGCACGAAGCUUACAUCGGCCGCCUCUCUUGCUGUACUAAGCAACAAAGAAGUCAUAGCGAUCGACCAAGACUCUUUAGCAAAGCAAGCGCGGCUCGUCCGUCGGUACACCGAAGAAGAAUGGGAUAUCUGGGCCGGCGAACUAUCCGGAUCGCGAACGGUCCUCGGCAUCGCAAAUUGGAAAAACGACUCGCAGACGGUAGAGUUCGAUCUCUCGGUCGUGAACAUCUCGUCUGCCAAUGCUCGCGACGUCUGGGCAGCGGAAGACAUCGGCGCAGUAUCCGGCGUCCAGAGCUUCGAGCUUGCGGGCCACGAACUACGACUUCUUGUGCUGAGCGACAUCAUCGAGUCAAACGCUCUGCCCAAGUCGACGGGGAAGUAUUACUCGGCGGCAAACGCCACUUUUGGUGGCAGCGCGCAAGAAGUUGAUUGCGGUGCGGGUACGUGCGCGCCCAAGGGCAACAAGAUUAGCAUUCCUAGCGAGGGAGCCACCGCGACUUUCAACUCUGUCGCUGUAGGUUCCGCGGGAACGAAGCUGCUCGGGAUUGACUUCAUCAACUACGACGUAGCUCUCGACACCGCCUGGGGCUGGGGAACUAACACGCGCAAUAUGACGGUCGCAGUCAACGGAGGCACCGCUAAGAGAUGGGCAUUCCCUAUCUCGGGAGGUGACUGGUAUGAGUCCGAUAGGAUGCUCAUCGAAGUGGACGGGUUUGUGGCUGGCGCAAACCAGGUUGUGCUCGCAGCAUACGAGGCUUCGUCUGCUCCGGACAUUGUCGGAUUCGAAGUUUUUGAGUAGAGACCAGCCUUCUUAGUCGGUAGUAUGGAUAUAGCUAUAAUAAUUUACCCACCCCAGGUCAUAGCUCGGCAUAGUUCGGCAACCAUAUUAUCGAUUGAAGGUUUAGUGAAGUCAUCCUUGAUCUAAUGUCUAAUAUGAGCCCCAAAAAACUAACGGUAUCGAUCCUGCCAUUAUAGCUCAUAGUGUAGGUGGGCUGAAUGAGGAGUCGAUGAAGACGCGUCCAUUGCGUGUUUUCAACCUUGAGCUCUUCCCUCCAAGGUUCGAAUUUGAUGAUCAGGAGAGUGAUCUACAAGAGGCUGUGAGAUCUCAACCCAAAAGGGUGCUUAGAGCUGCUUAGCCACCGCUCAUCACCAAAUCCACCAAAGCCCAACACCCAAUGAAAAUUGGACGGAUGCUAAAAUGGCGCGUCCAAUAAAAAGCAAUCAAAUUAUGUUCAUGCGCCCAAUGAAAUCACAACGCCAUGAUGAAUUUCGACGA